AUGGAUAAAAUAUUAGAAUGUACAUAUUGCAUAAAAAAGCCAAUUAGGGAUGAAAUUGUUGACACUUCUGUGGAUCCUGAAAUUAUGAAUAAUUUAGAUUAAAUCUUAUAUUUUUAAUGGUAAGGAAAUUAUGGUCAGAAUCUUAAGAAGAAUGGCAAAUGGACUGCUACUUGGCAUGGUGAAAAACUUGAGAGAGUUGGAGGAUAUUACACAGAGUAAGGCAAAAAGUAAGGCUUAUGGAUUGAAAUUAAAAAGAAUUAUUGGAAGUAUGUAUUUAUUAUUAAUUUUUAAUAAAAAGUCGAGGCAAAGUCUAUGAAAUCGGAGAGUACUGUAAUGAUUAGAGAAUUGGUAAAUGGAUAUGGAUUUUUUUAGAGAAAGUGAUGUAUUUUAAGAUUAAAUAUUUAGUGGUGGAGGAUCAUAUAAUAAAGAGAGUAAAAAGCACGGGAAAUGGAUGGAAUUGAGUUAAAACUUUUGGGAGUAUUUAUUUAAUUAUAUAUAGUCUGAGUUAAUUAAUUUAUCAUGGUGAAUAUUAAAAUGGUAAGAAAGUUGGUAUAUGGGAUAUUUAUAUUUGUGAUAAUAAAAAAUAUUAAUAGAUGUAUAUGAAUAUUAAAAUAUUGUUUUUAACAGUGGUGGUGGAUCAUACAAAGAAAAUAAUUUUGGAUGUGAAAUUAAAAUUGGAAGAUGGAUUGAGAUGA